UCCUAUUUCUCAUGAAAUAUUGUUUAUGGCAGCAACCACUUUUCGAAUACAUUCGAUCAAUGAGGAUAGUACCAAUGAUCUACUUAUCAUUCAAUUAACACCAAUACUUGACGAUGAAAAUACGGCUAGUAGAACAAUAGAGGCAAAUCCCGUGAUAAAUCUGGGAAAUGCAUUAAUUGAGCAGUGUAAAUACAAUAAAGUUGAAAUUUAUUAUAAAAACUUGAUACAAAGCAAUUUUAAUUUGGAUAGAACCACAGUAAGUAUAAUUUAUAAUAAUCUGGGUGUUAUUCAAUAUGAACAAUAUGAUAAUUACGAUAUGGCUCAUAAAUAUUUCUUGAAAGCUAUUGAAAUCAUGAAUCGUGAUGAAACUGGUAUUAUCUGUCGUUCUACAACAAUAGCAACACGUUCAACAAUUUAUGAAAAUAUUGCUCAUUUAUAUCAAUCAAUGAAGAAACCAAGUAUUGCUCGCGCUUAUUUUUUCAAAGUAUUAAAUACACUGAACAAUGAUGAAAAUGGGAAUAUACAGAAAAAAGGUGAUAUUUACACUCACAUCGGCUGCACAUAUUAUCAUCAAGGAAAUCUGAAAGAUGCUGAAGUUUAUUUAAAACAAGCUAUUACAAUCACCGAAAGAAGUUUACCGGACACUGAUGAAAUUUUACUUGAAUACAGAAAAAUACUCGGUUUAUUAUCUAGCCAGAUGCUGAAGCAGGAGGAUACUGAAGUUGAAGAGGAAGAAGACAUUUCUCGUGAAAUGAAUAAGACUAAAAGACAAGGCUUAGCCUUGAUUCGUUCCUAA